GGCUUGGAGAGACUGAAGCGCCGACAGGAAGUCAGGCGAACGUGGCACGCCCCUCAAGGCGCAAACUCGAUCCCGCGUCCAAUCAACCGUGCCCGCCCACUCAGGCGGCUUCCCAUUGGCUUGCUCCUACCGAGAGGAGGGUGGGAAGAGGCGGAGCGUCGGGCUAGUGCCUGGCCAAUCGUGGGCUCCACCGCGCGCGACCCAGGUUGCCCGGGAAACCUAACAGCUUGCAGCCGCUGUCCACCGCCUGGGCAGACCUGGGCGAAGAUGGACAGCCCCUCCAAGCACUCUGAGGACACUGCGAGCGAAGGCGAAGAUGGCGACAGCCUAGCUUCGAGACCGCCCGAGAUCAAAGACAGCCCUGGCCCGCAAACUCCCACGGAACCGGAGGAACAACAGCUUGAGCCCAAGGCGGCGGCGGAGGAGGUAGAGGCUCCAGAGCCCGGCACUGCCGUGGACGAGCAGCCUGAGGCCGCUGAAGGGCUAGCGGCCACCGAGGCUGCAGGCGAGGACGGACCCGGAGAGCUGGAGGGACCGGCCGAGCCUGAGCCUGAGCCCGAGCCCGAGCCCGAGUCCGAGCCCAAGCCCGAGCCCGAGUCCGAGCCCGAGCCUGAACCCGAGCCUGAAUCCGAGGAGCCCGUAGGUGCCAGAGCCGAUGAAUUGGCUAAGCCUCGUUCUGCGAGCAGCUCGGAGGAGGUGGAGGAUGAAGAGAAGACCGAGGCGGAGGAGGCGGUGAAGAGGAAGAGGACAGCCUCGUUACGAAAAUCGCUGGAGCUCACCGAGAUCCGCGAGGAGCAAGCGAGACACGGGGAGGAGGAGAGCGAGGCUCAGGACGGGAAAAGAUACCCAGGGAAGGGUGAGAAAGAGCCGAUAUACUGGAGGGUGGGCGAUGGGGAGGACGAGGAGUGGUCGGAGGAGGUGAAGCAGCUGCAGGAGCAGCGGCUGCGCAGCGAGCUCCUGGAGCAGUACCACGCCCUGGUGGUGGAGCGCUCCCGCUACCAGCGCUACAACCUGUACCUGCAGCAGAAGAUCUGCGAGGCGCUGCGCAGGAAAAAGGGCCUGGAUGCCGCUGCAGAGCCUCCGGACAAGGGCCCCGAGCCUGAGGCCCCAGAGAAGGAGCAGGCAUACCUGCACCAUCUGGCCACGCUGGAAGAGUUGAAGAAGCAGGAGCUGGACGACCUGGAGUGGUACCAGAAGGAGGUGGGCCAGCUGAAGCAGCAGUGCCAGGAAAAGCUGGCCAGGGUGGAGAAGAAGUGGCGCCAGUUCCAGGCCCUCAAGAAGCAGGUGGUAAUGCAGGCCAUGGGUAGUUGCCGCAUGAGGGGCGGCCGCCAAGCUGCCCUGCGAGAGGUGGAGCAGAUCCAGGCCUUGGAGGACAAAAAGGAGAAGGAGAUGAGUGCUGUGCGGCUGGAGAACGUGCAGCUGAAGCAGAGCCUGGCACAUUUCGAAACCAGGAUGAGGGCCCAGGAGGACCUGGCGGAGGGGCUGCUGCUCAUUGAUUUUGAACAGCUGAAGAUCGAGAACCAGACCUUCAACGAGAAGGCCGAGGAGCGGAAUGAGGAGGUCGUGAAACUGCGUGGCAAGGUGACCAACAAUGUGCAAAUCAUAACCCAUGUGAAAGAAAAGCUGCACUUCCUGGACAUGAAGAACAGCUGCAAGAAGAUGGAGCUUUUGGGAAUCGAGGCUCAGGUGGCCCUCCGAAGGGACAUCCUGACCAAGACGAAGCAAGCCCGAGACAGUCUGCGGGUUGACAACCACAAGCUAAAUCAGAAGUGUGGGCUCCUGGGCAAAGAGUCACUGCUGCGGGACUUGGAGGAAAAGGCGGACAGGACCAAACUGCUCACGCAGCGCCUGGAGGCCCUGAAGCGCCACCACGCUGGGCUCACUUUGUCCUGCAAAGGUGUGAAGCAGAAGAUCAGAGAAGCCAAAGCCUUCCUCCCCUCCUGACCCCAGGGCAAGGAAGCUGAGAACAGUCCCCAGUCACCAGCUUCGCCCUUCCCCUUUGGUGGCUUUUACUCUCCAUGGCCACCGUUCCUGGGCACUUGUUAUACUUUUAGGACGAAACUACUGUCUCAUAACUUUUCACCUUCUGAAUUCAUGCUAAGCCCAAACUCAGGUUAGCAGUGUUGAACGGAACUAAGCAAGAGAGGCCUAGUGACAAAAUGGCUGAUUGUAAAUGACUUCUCAAAAAAGCUGUCAAGAAACCCUUUUCUAGCUGAGCAAUUCUGUAAUUUCAAGAUUUAAUACUAAAAAGAUUGCUCCCUUUUCUUUGUGUAAGGUUUUAAAAGCUGAAUCUGAUUCCUGUGCGUUAGGCAAAGGAUUAAAUUCUCUUUGUAUUUAAAACUGUGUAGUCCUAAAUCACUCAACCAGAAGCUCACUAAUUCUUAUUUUAUGUGUAAACCAUUACUGGCUUCUGGGAUGAUUUCUUAAAAAUCCAGAAGCUGGACCUGGUGUCGCAUACCUGGUAUGCUGAGGCAAGCGGAUCACAGGGAGUUCAAGGCCUGCCGAGACUACAUAGUGAGACCCUAUCACAAGACAGACAAAAAGUCUAUCCAGAAACAGAAGAGAUGAUCAACUGAAAAAGGGACUGCCAUUCUGUCAUCUCCCUUUUCCCUGAAGGGAAAGCCCAGCCUAACAGUCAGUGGUAUCUUGUAGGAAUUAAACCCUUGCUUGCAUCCUCUAAGGAACACACAAGAAGAUACUUUGUUUUCUAAUUUUAAUCCUGGGAAACAAAAUGGCAACUAUUUUGCUCCUCCAGGUGCAAAGGAUAUGGGGGAGGGGGCUGCUGCCUGUGUUCAGCUGGGUAUGGGACCAGGACAAAGCAUCUCCUGUCCCCACACAGAAGUGGGUCAUGAACAAGGCCAUCCGCUCCUGGAACUGAACACUGGCUCUGUCGGCUGACGUUACCAAUGCUAUCUUGCUAGCAAGCAUUUAUUUUCUGGUGUGUUCCCGCUGCAGUCCACGAAAGCUCAAUUCCUUUAUCAAAUACCACGGCUUGAAUACAAUCUUUGAUAAUGAGGGGAAUAAAAAGCUCUGACUUGGCUUCUGCUCUCGCCAUCUCACUACAACUGGCCUCCGACCCUCCUCCAGGCCCAGAUGAAACAGCAACCCACUGGCCAAUACAGUGAUUUCCCUGUGGCUCUGGCUAAAAGCAGCUCAAUCUGAUGACCAGGUCACUUCCCAGUGAAACUGGCCAUAGUGCUCGGGGCCUGGAUCAAGCAGGUGACUUUCACUGGGGGGCUGUCCUUUAGCUUUUGGGUUCACUGUGACAGGAAGGGUGCUUCCAGCUGACUCCAACCUGGUGGCAGUUGGCAUCCACACACACACACACUGUGCAGGCCUGGAACCCAGGGGCAGGCAGGUCCCUAGAGCACAGAUGUACCAGACGGUGACAGCCAGAUAGUUGGUGAUAUUGGUGUUUCUUUCAGCUGCAAAGUGAAUGAGUCCUAUGUCACCAGUGUUCCCAGAGAUGUCACAGCUAAUUAGCAGGCACUCUUGGCUGAUUACCUCCUAAUGGUCACUUUUCUAAUUAGAUUACAGGAGAGUGCUUAAUCAUGAGAGAGAUACAUAUACAUUCACAAAAUGUUUCAGACAGAGAACUUCAGAGGAAGAACUUGCAAACCGAGCAAGCUUCACCCAGGUCCAGCAGCACAGCUGAUCGGUCGGUCGGUGCCUGUACCCAGCCAUCAGCCACAGGAGGUACCUGUCUCCCAGGCUGUUUGUGCCCCGCUAAGACCAGGUCCUAAGAGGCAAGGCAAUGUCUCAGCACCCUGACUGGCAGCCACCACACAGUGUGCCCCUGGGUUCACACUCAGCGUGGUGCCAGGCUCCUCAGCCUUCUGCAUGGGGGCUCUGCAAAUACCAGCCAUGGGUCAGGCAGAGCCCCACCUGGGCUGAAAGAUGAUAGGCAGGAAGAGGAUGGGACAGAGGAGAGAGGAAGGGGAUGUCGGGCCCAGUAGGGUCGGGACACCCCAACGAGGCUCACUCCUCCUGCAGGGAGGGCAGAGGGCAAAGGCCAAAGAUGCCUCUGCUGUCCUUGUCCACAGCGCAGGGCCUGGAAGCAAACACUUUCCACUUGUAAGUGCAAAUCAAUUUUGCUGACUCCCUGCCACCCUUUCCAAGGUCACUCAGGUGGAACAAGUUCCCUGCUACCAUGAUUCAGGGUUCUGGCACCGAGAUGGGGUGCUCCUCUGCAAAACAUCAGGGCCAGCGCACCAGGCACUCGCUGGGCAUGGAAAGGCAGUGCCAACCACCCCCUCCGAAGGUCCUCCAGCUCUUCCCUAAAUAACCAGUGACUAAACAUGCAGAUCCAACAAAGCUCUGCUUCGCUAUUAACUGGCUGACUACAACAGAGCUACGUCCCCGGCCCUUUGAGACAAGGUCUCACUGAAGUUGCCUGGGUUAGGCGUGAACGGUGAUCUUCCUGCUUCAGUCUGCUUCAGUCUCCUUCAGAGUGCUAGCAUUUCAAGUGUGCCUCACCAAACAUGAAAUGACUUAAGUUUUUUAACUGAGGAGUCUUCUAACAUCUCAUCCAAAGGCUGCCAAAGAUCAACACAGGAUGGGUCUAGAAGACAAGUCACAGCGCAGAGGCCUAGGAAUGAGGCUGGCACGAGACGGGACACGUCGCCUUUUAUGAGGUCAGUGUCCUUGUUUAGGAAACGUAUUUAUAGAAUAAAGACAAUUUGAAAACUUG